AUAAAUUACUAAGAGAUCGCCUUGUCCAAACACCAUUCUGUAGAGAUCUUGACCACCAACCACCCGUUUUGCGUCUCAAUCUUGCAACACCAUGCAAUACUUGCAAAAUCAGGCGGAACUUGAGCGAAUUGCCGAAGAAAUUCUGACAGAGAAGCAGCUCAUCAUAGAUCUGGACAGGAGACGGAACGAGAAUAGGAUGGCCUUGGCGUCAUUCAGGCAGGGAAAGAUGAAGGAUGAUAAACGAGUGUAUUUCUUUGCCGGCGGCCUGUUCAUGAAGCUUCCCAAAGAAAGUGCGAAGGAGAAUCUUGAGAAAGAUCAACAAAACAUAGAUGCAGAGAUAAGCCGAUUGCGAGACAGUAUCAAGGAAAGAACUCGAGAUCUAGAGUUGAAGGAAAAGGGCAAAAUAGACAGAACGAAGGGGUUUGAGUUGAAGAGCAUAGGAAAGGACGAUCUCCGCACCAUGGUUCGGCAUCCUGUAACGGACUGAGACUGGCUAAUUGGGAGGCAAUCUCUGGUUGCCUGCGAAAGAUCGAUCACUGUAUAUAGUUUCCAUUUGCAAUGUGUAUAUCCUAUUUGCGCAUCACCUCCCCGGAAUCGCUGUCGAUAUGGGAAAUGCCUUGUCCCAACGUCUAGGAGACGGUGUUGUUUUGCAGAUCCAGCUGCCGAUUAGUAGGGUGUGAUUCUCCAAACGUUCAUGGAUCUAUUCUUUUCUUUUUGGUCAUCAUUAUGAGAA